AUGCCGGGGCCGCAGCUCAAGAUGCUGGAGCUGUUCGACGCGGGCGUGGUGGAGGUAGACCCUAGGAACGCCUUGGAGGAGAUUGUUUUUUUUUUCGCGCGGCGCAAAGACCACGGGCUUCGCUUGAUCGCCGACGCCCGCGCUGCUAACCUUCACUUCGUCGAGCCUGCCUACGCCGAGCUCGCCAGCCCGGAGGCCCUCGCCGCUAUCGAGUACGACGGGCCCGACAUGAUCGGUUUCUGUUCUGGGGACGUCGAGGUGUGCUUUUACCAGUAUGAGCUGCCUGAGUGGGCGAGGCGGUGCUUCACCUUGCCCGCGAUCAAGGCUCAGUACUUGCCUGCUGCGCUUCGUGGUCGGUUGGGUCUGGCUCGCGAUGCGCCGGAGCUCAAGUGCAGGUUCCGCGUCGCGCCGAUGGGCUGGAGUUGGGCGGCCCACCUGACGCAGCAGGGCCACCUGCACGUCAUGGGGAGAGCGCUCCAGAGUGGCCGCUGGGUUCUUGACCAGCGGGCGGGCAUUGACCUUCGGCGCGAUGACGCGAAGGCGCUCUAUAUCGACAACUUCGCCGUCGCCUCCGUCGACCAGGUGCGCGCCGAGGGGGCCGCCCAGGUUACGCGUGGGGCGCUGGCCGAGCUCGGGGUCGUCAGCACCAUCGAGGCGUGCGACGGCAGCAAGGCCGAGCUGCUGGGGUGCGAGCUGGACCGGACCACUGGCCGAUGGCGCAUCAAGCCUAAGCGUUUUUGGCAGCUCAUGGGCGCUCUCGACUACCUGCUUGAGGCCAAGGGCAGGAAGGUCACAGGGCACGAGGUUGAGUGCGUCCUGGGGCGCAUCGUGGCCGCAUGCAUGCCGGGGCGAGGGUCGCUAGCCUUGCUUUCCGCCUGCUACGCCUCCGCAGAGACCUCUGGCCUGAAGCGCCAGCCGCUGUGGCCCAGCGCCCGACGCGAGCAAUUCUGGGCACGCUCGCUGCUGCCUUGCAUCGUCGGCGAGAUGGGCAAGGCCUGGUCCUCGACGGUCACCGCCUACGACGCCUCACCUUGGGGCUACGGCGUCGUCGAGACGGAGUGGGGGCCCGCUGCCGCUGAGGUGGCGCAGGCUCCGGGCGCCGCCCUGAUCCUGACCGGUCGGGCGUCGGAGUUCCCCGGGAUCAGCGCGAGGGCCCUGACCGAGGCCACCUGGCGCGUGGUGGGCCGCGGGCGCUGGAGGCGGCGCGAGGCAACCCACUGCCUCGAGGCCGCCUCUGUCUGCUGGGCCGCGAGGCGCAUGGCUAAGCACGCCCGGCGGCAUGGCCGGCGCCACCUCGUUCUGGGAGACAACAUGUCGGUCACCUUUGCACUGGCAGAAGGAAGAGCUUCGGAUCAUCGUCUGCUGCUUGCCUGCCGGGUCGUCUUCGCGGGCAGCGUCGCGACCGACAUCCGGCUGCGCUGUCGGCGGCUACCCUCGGAGUGGAACCCCAGCGAUCAGGCUUCUCGUCGGCGUCGGCCGCCUGGGCUCAAGCACGAGCGUGGGCGCGGGCCGCAUGCAGAGGGGGGCGCUGACGGCUCGGUCAUCGACCCCGCCGUCCACCUGGAAUUCAGGCUCAGGCCCAGCCGAAGGGAGAGGCAGUCGACCCCGCUCGGCGCGCCGAGCGACCCCAAGCUCGGACAGCGCAGCAAGGGCGCCCACCUUGGGGCGCCCGGGCUCUGGUCGGCUGCCGCCGGCCUCGCAGCGCAGGCGAGGCUGAAGACCCAGGCGAUCUACGUGGGCGCGCAGAAGGCCUUGCUCGCCUGGCUCCGCCUGCGCUGCCUCCCGGCGGGGCUGCUGCGACUGCCAAGCGAGUCGGGCCCGCCCUGCUCUGGGGAGAUCCUCGCCUUGUUCUGGGGCCCUUGCGCGCCACCUUCGAUCCCGGUCUUGCAGCAGGCGCUGAAGGGCUGGGUCCAGCGACGGCCCGAGUUCCCGCGCCCUCCGCUGCCCUGGCCGGUGGCGGCCGCUGCGGCCCGGGAGCUGCUCGACCUCAACAUGGGCAUGGCAGCGCUCGGGAUCAUGAUAAUGUUCGAGACCUACGUGCGCCCCUCCGAGCUGCUGGCGCUUCUGACCGACCACGUCGUGCUGCCCAUCCCGGGCGAGGCGGGGGCCGCCCGCUGGCUGGCCUUCGUUAUCCGGGCGCAGGAAGCGCUGGCGCCGUCCAAGACGAACGCCUUCGACAUCGGCGCGCCGCUGGACUUGGAGAGGCAGUGCUGGCUAGCCCGCUGCGUGGAGGGCACCCUCUACUCGCUGCGCCAUGGCGGCGCCAGCCACGACCGGAUCAUGGGCGCCAGGUCCUUGGCCGCCGCGCAGCAGCGCGGCGGGUGGCGCGCGUUCCGGAGCGCCUUGCGCUACGAGAAGGGCCUCGAGCUGCAGAAGCUGGGGCCAGCGCGGCUGGCGCUGCUCCGGCGAAGGUCGGCUGGCAUCGAGCUCGCCUUCGAGAGGUACUUCGGGCUGCGCUGGGGGCGACGCGCG